UGGGCGCGUCACUGUGUGUAUCUCUGCGCGGCCGGACAGGAGCCGAGCUUCGUCGCCCCGCGCCGCUCUCCAUUUCUCUCGCCUCGCCUCGCCGCCGUCGCCGCCUCCUCGCUCUCCGUCGACUCUCUCCGCGCCCUCCGUCCUUCCUCCCUCUAUUGCUCACCCCUCUUUCCCCCUCCCCUCCCUUCGUCCGUAUUCUUCGUCGUCAACCACGUCGCACGGCGAUGGCGCUCAAGAGGAUUCAGAAGGAACUGAAUGAUCUGGGACGUGACCCUCCAGCGCAAUGUUCGGCAGGCCCGGUGGGAGAUGAUUUGUUUCAUUGGCAAGCCACAAUCAUGGGACCUAAUGACAGCCCGUACCAAGGAGGGGUGUUCUUUUUAACUAUUCACUUCCCCACAGACUACCCCUUCAAACCACCAAAGGUCGCGUUCACAACACGCAUCUACCACCCAAACAUAAACAGCAACGGCAGCAUCUGUCUCGACAUCCUCAGAUCACAGUGGUCGCCCGCCCUUACCAUCUCCAAAGUGCUGCUGUCUAUUUGCUCGCUGCUGUGUGAUCCAAACCCAGACGAUCCGCUUGUGCCAGAGAUUGCACGCAUCUACAAGACAGAUCGAGAGAAGUAUAAUAGGAUGGCGCGGGAGUGGACAGAAAAGUAUGCUAUGUUGUAGUGGUGUUGAGGAUUGGCUGACCUGGUGCACCGUAUACAACAGAAUAGCCAGAGAAUGGACUCAGAAGUAUGCGAUGUGAUCAGCACGGAUAGAUGUGUACGGUACCCUGCCCAUACCUAGAGAAGGAAGAAAAAAACCGAGAACCAUCUUGAGUCUGCAUCCAAAAAGAGCGAAAAUGCUUUCAGUGGCCCAGCUGUUUAGAAGACUGCUCCCCCCCCCCUUCUCCAAUUUAUAAUUUGAUGACAAAGGAAAUGCGUAAUUUUCUAACUUAAUACCGGAGUGCUGCACACUACCAAGUCUUUGGCGUGCAAAACCAGUUAAACUAUUCUUGUCCACUGUACAUAUAGACCACUUCUUCAUUCUAUCCAAUGUUAUGAGUGAAUGCAUAGUCAACUGUGUUUUGGCCUCCUGUCUGCAGCUUUUGCUUCCAAUUAUAGGAAUACAAACUUAAAGGCUAUUAUUUCAAGGAGGUUUUCACGGUUAAAGGAUGUUCAUAAUGAUCGCCUGCCUCGUUGUGCAAAAACAAACUUUCCACAGUUGCAGCUUUUGCAAUCGGGAGUAUAACGGCUCUGUAUAGUGCAAAAUCAUCGCUAAAUGCUCUGCUGCUUCUGACAUGGGGCGGGAGAAUGGGUGAUCUUAAUGAUUCAAACAAAAGCACUGUUGGCUCGCACAUCUUGGCAGUACUAUUAAAAGUAUCAAAAUAUUGACUUAAGUGUAGGUUUUUGAAUUAAAUAUGUUACGUGCUUCGCUAAUAUCUUGAGUUAUGUUCAAUUAACUGGAUAACACUUAACCAAUUAGGUGGUUGGAAACAUAUAGCAUUUCCCUUAUAACUAAACAUUACCCAUCCCAACUGCCCGCCGUCUAUACUGAAAUAAUACGGCACACUUUUAUGUAAAGUGAAAAUGCAUGGUGUUGUAUAAAAGGGACAUUUUACUGUAUAUUAAAGUGUUGGCACUCUGGAAACGAUGUAAUUGUAUCCUGCUCACGCAUGUUUUUCAAAAAUGAUAUUUGGCAUAAGUAACUUUGUAGGCCAUGUCUUUCAGUGAAGACGUGAUAUUAGGGAAUCAUUUAACUAAUGUAUUGAGUUAAACGGGCAAAGGAUUUUAUGUUUCUGAGAUGGGUAAAGGGUUUUUUCCAUGAAUACUAAAAUUCCACCGCAUAUAAAUUAAUAAUUCCCAUAGCUUUAUUUUUUCUCCAGUUUUUAUAGGAAAAAAAGUCAUUGUAUAGACAUUGCUUUAGGCUUAUGUUUUGCAUGGUCAUUGCAGUAAGUAAGCAAGCAAUGGGAUUAUAGUUACUAUUGCUUGUUUCGGAAUUCUGGUGGAACUUAACCCAAAGACUAAAGUGUUCAGUACUGCACUAAUGAAUGCAAGACGCUUGAGUGCCCUGACCUGUUAAGGCACAUAACCCUUGUAGAACGUGUGGCUUACGGGAAGACAUUGGUGCAGGUGCUUGCUCUCUCGCCUGCAUUAGGUGAAAUGCAGAGGCUGCCACAAUUGGACACGCAGUACUGUUGACUUUUGUCCAGUAAAACGAAGCAGCCAGUUAAAAACGGCACAGCAAUUGCAUUGACUGCAAACUUUAAAUGAGCUUGGAGCUGUGGAUCGUCGUGACACCAUUUUUUUUUGUUGUUGUAACAUCCAACUGUUAAUCCUUUGUGCUUGUCGGAAAAAGAAUCAUGCACAUUGUUGCUCAUAACUUGGAAACGAAAAGUAGGAAUGGUUUGUGUUGCGUAAUGUACUUAUGUCCGAGCUCUCGGCAUUGUUUCAUUGUUUAGAUUUUGCAGUGUUCACUUGUAUAAAAAAAAAUUGUGUAGUUAACCCUUGAAUGGUGCCCCCCCUGCCCUCACCCCCUUUCUCCCAACCCACGUAAACGAAACGCUUGAGAAGCAUGCACGAUACAUAGUUAAAACAAUGGCAUUUCCUUUUAAGAGUAAACAAAAACUAGAAAGUGUCACAACAACAUACCCUGUAAUUGAAGGGGUAAUUUUUGUUGCAAAAAAAUACGGCUCCCCUUGCCACAGUGUCACUUAUUUUACGAGUACAAACGAAGUCUGCUGCUGUUUUGUAAAUUUAAAGAUGCUUUGCCCAGCCAGGCACUUUAUUCUGUUAACUCGCAGCACUCUUUUAACAAAUACUAGCUUUAUGUAAUGCAAUUCAUUUUAAUUGAUCGCGACUUUUCGGUGGUUUCCUUGCUAUGGGAAAUGUGCAGUGCUCUUGUGAAGCUGGAAAAUUGUUCGCAAAAAGAAAACGACAACAACUUGUAUUCAUAUGAAGACACUGUCAUUGUAUCUACUCUAGUGUAAACAUCUUGCUUUUAAAUGAAUAAAAUCUGUGUGCUUUGUUAAAUUAUUUAGGAAUAAUUUGUAUAUCCUUUUCGUCAUCUUUUUUUUAAUGAAUUGAUCGCAGAUGGGCUUUUAAGAUCGAUAAAAUGGCCAGCCCAAAAAAAAUCACGAGUGCAUUUUGAGGCAUUGCUUUUGGCUCUUUGGUAAUGGUCAGAUAGCCCCCCCCCCCCGUUUAUUUGAAAUGUUUAGGGUAACCCCUUUUGUCCAUAAAUACGCCGUAAAUACCUUGUUUGCAAAGCGCACGUGUAAGGCUUGCUCUGUUAUAGCAUCUGGCCUGUAAAUUGGGAAAGCAUCUUUGAAGUGAUGGUUGUGCCAUUUUAAGACAGCUGGAAAUUAAUUGUGAAAACAUUACAUCAAUAAACUUUUCUUUCUUUUCUUA